GCUCUGGGAUUCUUUGCGACGAAAAGUAGUCCCCAAGGUGGCCCCGGCUUCGUUUGUCGGUUGAGGGGCCCGGUGGGCCGGCCGUGAGAGGUGUGGAGAGAGCUGGCGGCGAAGGGCGCCGGGUUGGAGGGCCCCGGCGGAGAGAAGGCGCCGCGUUGGGGUAGCAGGACUGCACUUUGGUGUUGAAGAUUUGAAGCAGAAUGAAAAGCAACGGAGGCUUUCCCAAUGGAAAACCUGAGCAAUAAGAGGGCAUUUUCCAAACACUCCAGUGGGUGAAACAGCCUGUAUAUGGAGCAUGGAGACGAAGUCACCUAACCCUGAAACGGCAAGCCACCAAACUUCACCACCUCGAGACUUUUCUGCUCUUCUAGCAGCUGAUUUUGGAAUUACGUCAGAGUCUUUCGCUUAUCAGCUGAAAGGCCAAUCCAAGAGUGUGACACACAAACUGAGGCGGCGAUCUACGAUUGGAGCCCGGGGUUCUCCGGAAAAUGAUGCACUCAUUUGCUACAUUGCUCGCCAGAGGAAUACAGCGAAUCCAAGCCCUUCCUGGCAGAACUCCCCGUAUAGUAUCUUUGAACAGGCCAGUCCAUUUAAACAGGGCUACCCUUUCCUAAAGGAUAAAAUUGCGGCCUUCCAGUCAUCCUUUAAACCACUUGAAGAGAUCGAGGAAAGAGUGAUCCAUUCUCCCUUCAUCUUUCAGAAUCCCAAAACAAGACCACAUGAACCAUCUAAAUCGUGUCGAGGGUGGCCGUGUGAGCGCCAGGCGUUUUCCAAAGCAACUCAGACUCUGGUGUCUGCUGAUGCAGAAAUAACCUCACCUGAUAUUCCAGUGUGCAAUAUUCUAAAUUUCUCAGAGCAGCCUCUCAUCCCAUGCACUGCAACUGUUUCUAAGGCCGUUCCUGCUUUGCAACCAAAUAUCAGAAAAUCUCAGUGCUUAUCUUUGGAGACUUCUAUUCCCAGGACAGGCAUCCUAAAGAGGGCACACGAAAUCCAGUCUCACUGUGCCGAGGAAGAAUUAAAUAGCAAUGCUGCAUCUCAACAAAGCUUUAAGAAAGUCAGAUUUGCCACACAACGGAGCUUAGAAAUAUUCGAUGAAAGCAAGCCACCUGUCACUCCCCUGCAAAAAGGACACUUUCCUCCCAGUGUUCUGUCCCCUGAUGCUGCCUGCCUUCGUUCUGUUCUGAAGAAAACACCUGUGCAGAUAUUACCAAGAGGCAUAAAGGAGGAGCCUCUUGAUUAUACAAAUGCAAUGGAAGGACGUGAAACACUCCCGUACUUCAAAAGUGGACCCCUGAAAACAGGUCCCCUGAAAACAGAAAGACGUACCAGAUCAACAUGCAAAACUAAGGAGCACAGCAAAGAUGUAGACUUCAAAGUCCUUGAUCCACCCAUGGAUAUAUCAUUACUCAAGGGAGCACUUUCGUUCAGUCCGCCAGAGUCAAGAAAUGAGAGGCAUUUUGCCGUGACUCCCACCAAGCACCCCUUUAUGGUGUCAAUUAAAUUUGACAAUGAUAACAUUCUGCAAGGAACAUUGGAGGUAGUACCUGCUACAGAACAUGCUGUGAACUCUGAGCCAGAAGAAACAAAUACCCGUUCUCCUGAUCGUCCUGCUACCUGCUCCAGAACCAUGCGGUCCUCUUCUAAAAGGAAGUGUGCAGUCCAGGCAGAAGCAGCAAAUCUUAGCCUUAGAGCUGAAACGCGGUCUAAGAGAGAGCCUCCUAUUAAAGUCCUCAAACCCAGCAAAGACCCAAAAGUAAAUUCCCACAGAAGAUCUGCUUCUAAGAAGACACUGGCUUCCAAACACAAAGUUUUUGGAAAGAGAAAGAAGAAGAAAAAGGAACAGAAGUCACAUGAGGUGCGAGAAACUGUGUCCAAAAAACCUCUUUUGAGUCCAAUUCCUGAGGCGAAAGAGGAUACUUCGUUUGCAUCAUCUUAUCUAAGUACGCCAAAGUUACAGAUUUCCAUUUUAGAUUCUUCACCCUCCAGUGACCUCCCUGCAGAACCUAUGAAUGAGACUGCUGAAAAGACAAAUAGUGUUGUACACAGGGCUGAAGAGGAGAGCAGCUGUCUGGACUCCAGCCUGGCUCUUGUGAAGGAAGAGACUUUACCUUGCUUCCAGUCAAGCUCCUCCUCACAACUGCAGGACACUGCCAGGCAUGAGAUGCAAACCAUGUCUCCUUGGGACCUACCUGAGAAAUGGGACACAAAUGAAAAUGAACAGGUGCUGAAAAGUGUGGACUCUUCUAGUGAGACUGAGCUGCAAUUGCCAAACCUAUUCACGACUGGUAAAAAGAAUAGCAAAAGAGCUUCACGUCUCGUCAGAGGUCCUGCCACAGAACUGAUGAAUCAAGGUGAUGCUGGUGUGAAUGUGAAAAUUCGAAGGAGGAGCAGAGGAAUUGGCCACAACCUCCCAAAUGCUGCAGACGUUCAGUCUGAAACAGCUGUAAAAAAUUCCGGUGUUCCUAGAAGGAGUCUGGAAGAAUGGUCUCCGUCAGAGGGUGCUUCUGAAUUCUUAAACUAUUUGCAGGACUGUAUAGAGGAAUCUUUCCGGAGCGUCCCCAUUAAUAACAACAAAAAGGUGAGACGCAGCAUGCGGCAUCUUAAAGAUGCGGAAACGGAGGGGCUUGGAUGGAUUCAGGUACCUGUUGAUGAUUCUGCAAGCCAGGCGCCCUGUGGUUCUGCCAGUAAAGUCCAGGAGCCAAAGUGCACCUCCAGCUCUCGGGAUUCGGAGUCUUGUUGUCCAAGAAAGCAAGAAAGAAGAGUCUGUUGGUGCUUGCCAAUGAGAGAGAAGCAAGCGGAUGUCCCUGUUGUAAAGGGCCCUUGCAGAUCGAGGAGGAGGAGAAGCAUUUGUGCGUGGAGUUUGGAGGAGAAUACAAAUUUUGCCUCGCCAGUGCAGAGAAAACAAAGAGCAAGCCUUGGCUAUAAAAAUGAUCAGUGCUGUCAUAAGUAUACCAAAGUGAGAGAAUUCUUGGGGGAUCACCCAUCAACUUAACUGAGCCUGCUGCUUCUUGACGGGGCUGUAUCCUGGAUAUAUCAGAAGAGGGCAGUGUGGCAUGGCUUUUGCAUAUCUGUAUUUUGUUAAGGUUGACAUUUUUUGUUUUAUGAAAAGCACCCUACAGCUCACUAUUAUACUGAUGCUGCAAUAAUGAAGAAGAAGAAGAAAAAUAUCCAGUCUACCUGAAGUUUGUCCUGACUUCAGUCCUACUGAAAGCACUGGGGGUCAUUUUUUGCUGGACUUGGUCUGAUCCAACCAAAAUUGAAUAUUGUCAAGUCCCUUUGAUUUCAGCGGGAGAGAUUUAAGCACAUGCGGAGUCAAAAGGGCUUAACUUCUGCUGGCUCAUGGCCUGGCCAGUGGGAAAUACAACAAAGCUAAAGCCUCAAGAGUCUAUUUUCUGGUAAAAACAGUAAUGGGGGGAAAUCGGCAAAAGAGGAGAGAAACAAAUGUAACCAAAUAUUACUCAUUUUAUAAUCAUAGAUGCACUUGGUGUAUUAACUACAGAACAAUUUCACCAACCAGCGCUUAUUCUUCAUAUUGCUUUCUCUAGCAGGCAUUUGCACAGAUUUUUCUCCUUUCUCCCCUCAAUAUCCUUGUGAGGCUAUUUGUAUGUUGGGUUUAAAAAAAAGAAGUGAGAAAUUGCUCAGAAACACAGGGCACCAUACUUACUGCCUACUGAUCUCAGUUAAAAAACUACCCGAGUGUAGCUCUCUGACGCAGAAAGAUUCUCCUUUGCUCUGCAACGACUCUUUGCCAAACUGCACUCCUAUGGGUAGCGUGAGUGGUAUCUGCAAUAACGUCCACACCGUACAGUUAAGAUCUGUGUUUAUAACACCAGUGUGUGUGUGUGUUUCAGAUGGACUGGCCCAGUCCUCUCUUUAUCUAGAACUGUUGGGGGACAACCUCCGGAGGCUUGUCCUGUAGGAGGUGAGCAGGGCAGGGUCAAAAGAAUUCUGCCCUACGUGUAUAUCCUGAGGGCGACAUUGUCUUAUCCCCUUAACCAGCACAAAGGCUUUGGAGCAAGGUGUAUCUCCACCCAUGGCCUGUUUCAGGGUGCUAUGGGCUGGCACAGAAACAUCCUCCCAGUGGUCACACCCUCACACGGAUGACUGUUGCGACUUCAGCCAAGUAAUGAGGCGUUUUUCCUUGUGCCGCAUGGCGAGACAUUGCGAGAUGUUUCUGUUUUAAAAGCCCUCCGAAGGAUAUUAAAUAUAGCCCUGUUUUGAUUUUUCCCCAUUCAGGACAGCUUCAUUUUUAUUUUAUCUUCUUAGGUAGUUGUAACUUUUGUUGACGUUAAUUGCGUGUGGUAAAUGGAAGUUUGGCCUUUUAUCAACCUGGUAAAGUUGUAAGCCGUCUGGAGCAGUUUAUUGGUACCCUGGGGUACAAAUCAAAUAAAUCCAUGUUAUCUUUAAAAA